UGCUCCAGUUCUAUUUCCAGCCUCCCCGGCUCGUCGCACAGCCCAGUCUGUUUGUAAACUCCCGGCUCUCUCCUACUCCCUCUGCCCUCCCCCCCACAGCCCCUGCGGGAGGGGUGAGGGGUCUUUCAGACGAAAACAAAACCAAAAAAAUAACUAAACAAAACAAAAAACAAAACAACAAAGGAGACAAAGCAACAAAUCGAAAAGAGGAAAGAACGUAGUCGGCAGCGGCGGCAGCAGCGGCGUCAUCGGCGGCUGUGUUUCUGGAGCUCCUGCUGCUUUUCGUCGCGGUGGAGACGACCGCGGUCUGGCUUGUCGAAGCGGCAGCUUCCCCUUUAAUCGCGACCGAGGCUGUUUGUGUUUGUUAAGAGAGGGUAGUGGAGGAGGUGGAGGAGGAGGAGGAGGAGGAGGAGGAGAGAGGUGUGUACCGCUAUCACUGACCAGCCUGCUUCCAGAGCUGUUCUCUCUCUCUCUCUCUCUUUCACUGUCUCUCUCUCACUGUUUCACCCUCUCUCUCACUGUCUCUCUCACUCAUUCGCGUUUCCUCCUCCACGCUCUCUCCAUACUUCCCCUUGCUCGGGGACAGUCGGCCGCAGCGCCGCGCGUCUCGGACCUCGUAUCUCCUCUUUGGCAUCAUCUCUGAAAGGACAAGGCUGCCUUUUGUUUUGGUUUUUUUUUCCCUCCUUUUUCCCUUUUCUUUUUUUUAUUUAAAAGAACGAGCCCACCUUCACAAGCGCCUGGCUGAAAAACCGGGGAAGAGAGAGAGAAAGAGAGCAAGGUCGGGAGAGGCUUAGCGAUGACGAGCGCUCUGGGGAAAGCCGGGAGCGGGUGAAGCAGCGGCACUCGCCUGCUUUCGGACGCCGAGCGCCUGAUGAGAUUCCGCCGUCAUCCCCGCCUCGACGCGGUUCUGUCGGAUUUUCCUGGCGGGAUUUCCGCCGUUCCUCGCCGGGCCACAAAGCCUCUGAACGGCACUAACGGGGAGGACCUGAAGAAGGGAAUACUGAUCUCGGAAUCUCCGCUGUAGGAAUUCUUUCAUCUUCCGCCCCGGUUCCGAUACAAAGGCUCACCUCCGUCGCCGUCUGCUUUCGUUUGCCCCACGUCCACGCCAGUGGGGUCGGAUGGAAGUUUAACUGGCCUCUUGGUACUUUUUUCGCCAGUUUCCAUCCGUUACUCUUGUUUCAAGACCGUUGGAGAGAACUUCAGAUUAGCUAGCCGCUGUUUAGUUUACUCCCUUGCCCACCCCACCCCCCCUCAAAUGAUCCUUUUAUCAGCAUAGGUAAACAAAUACCAGCCGGUGGUCUGGAGUUUUUAUUGACUUUCCAAAGAGUGUGCAGUGCUGUUUUUUUUAAUUUAUUUUUACAUUUUUUCCAUUCUGUGUGCUUGUUUUCUUAGAUAUCUAGGAGGGUUUUUUUUUUCCUUUAAAGCUGCGGUUGUUUAUUGUCUGGUCGAGGGUCGCACGUGUUUUUCUUCGCUCGUGUCCUGGCACUCCAUCGGACUGGCAUGCUUUUGAGGCCCACCGUGCCGGGGCUUUGCGCGAUGUUGCAGACGAUUUACGAGACGGAAUCCUGCUUCUCCUCGGACGCCGCGUCCAGCCGGGAGCAGCCCCUUGAGCUGCUGUCCAGGACCCGGGCUCCUGCUACCCCCAGCAGCGUGGAGGUGAAGACGUCUCUCCCGGUGGGGAUGCAGAGCCCGGGCUGUGGGGGGGAGCAGGGCGGGGGCGGUGGCGGGGGCGGGCCGGUGGACCUGCGGACGGACCCGCGGCUGGUGGACCCGGCAGUGCGGGAGCAGCAGCUGCAGCAGGAGCUGCUGCAGCUCAAGCAGCAGCAGGAGCUGCAGAAGCAGCUGCUCUUCGCCGAGUUCCAGAAGCAGCACGAGGUCCUCACCCGCCAGCACGAGGUGCAGCUGCAGGAGCACCUGAAGCAGCAGCAGGAGAUCCUGGCGGCCAAGCGGCAGCAGGAGCAGGAGCAGAAGAGGAAGCUGGAGCAGCAGAGGCACGAGGAGCUGGAGAAGCAGCGGCUGGAGCAGCAGCUCAUCAUGCUGAGGAACAAGGAGAAGGGCAAAGAGAGUGCGAUCGCCAGCACAGAGGUGAAACUGAAGCUCCAGGAGUUUCUCCGCAGUAAAAAAGAGCCGUGCUCCGGAGGACUGAACCAUUCCUUCGCUCAGCAGUGCUGGGGUGCUCACCACACCUCUCUGGACCAGAGCUCCCCCCCACAGAGCAACACUCCUGGGACACCCCCCUCUUACAAACUGCCCCCCCUGCUGGGCUCUUACGACAGCAAGGACGACUUCCCCCUGCGAAAAACAGCCUCGGAGCCCAACCUGAAGGUACGCUCGCGGUUAAAGCAGAAGGUGGCGGAGAGGCGCAGCAGCCCGCUCCUCCGGCGGAAGGAUGGCACCGUCAUCAGCACCUUCAAGAAGAGGGCCAUCGAGAUCACAGUGUCGUCCAUGUGCAGCAGCGCCCCCGGCUCCGGACCCAGCUCCCCCAACAGCUCCAACACCGCCAUCGCCGAGAACGGAGGCGGUGGCUCCGUGCCCAACAUCCCCGCGGAGCAACUGCGCUCACAUCACCAGAUGAUGAACACUGACGGGACGGCCAGUCAGCUGAGCCUCUACACCUCCCCCUCGCUUCCCAACAUCUCGCUGGGCCUUCCUGCCAACGCACACAUCACCGCUCCACAGAAGCUGUCGGCGCAGCAGGAGGCUGAGCGUCAGGCCAUCCAGACGAUGCGACAGGGUGGGGCGCUGACGGGGAAGUUUGUGAGCACCUCCUCCCUGCCGGCCUGCCUCCCCCCUGGGGUGGCCCUGGACGCCGAGGCCCCCAGCACCAACAGCCACAGCCCCUCGUCCCUGCUGCAGCAUGUGCUGCUGCUGGAGCAGGCUCGCCAACAGAGCGCGCUGCUCGCAGUGCCCAUCUACGGCCAGUCGCCGCUGGUGACGGGCGAGCGGGUCUCCACCAGCAUGCGCACGGUCAACAAGCUGCCCCGCCACCGGCCGCUGAGCCGCACCCAGUCGGCCCCCCUGCCCCAGAGCCCCCAGGCCCUGCAGCAGCUGGUCAUGCAGCAGCAGCACCAGCACUUCCUGGAGAAGCAGAAGCAGUACCAGCAGCACAUCCAGCUCAACAAGAUCCUGUCCAAGGGUAGCGAGCUGCCCCGCCAGCCCCCCACCCACCCCGAGGAGACGGAGGAGGAGCUGACGGAGACGGCGGAGAUGCAGGAGGAGAGGGGGGAGGGGCCGGAGCGGAAAGGGGAGGGGCUUCUCAUCGAGCGGCUGCAGGAGAGCCUGCGGGAGGCCACGCCCCCUCCGGAGCGGCCCGUCGCCCCCAAGGGCGGCAGCACGGAGAGCGAGGUGGAGGAGGAGGAAGAGGAGGACGAGGCCAUCGAGCUGAGAGAGUGUGAUGAAGAGGCCGGUCUGUAUGGCCAGUUCUCAGACCAGCCACACCUGCAGCAGCUCAACGUGUUCCAGGCAUCCCUGUCCAUCACCGGCAUGCCCCACAGACCCCUGGGAAGGGCUCAGUCCUCCCCUGCCACAGCCAGUCUCAAGGGCGCCCCCACUGGUGAACCACCCGUCAAGCACCUCUUCACAACAGGGCUGGUGUACGACACCUUCAUGCUGAAGCACCAGUGCAUGUGCGGCAACACGCACAUCCACCCGGAGCACGCCGGCCGCAUCCAGAGCGUCUGGUCCCGCCUGCAGGAGACCGGGCUGCUGGGCCGCUGUGAGCGCAUUCGGGGCAGGAAGGCCACGCUGGACGAGAUCCAGACGGUCCACUCGGAGCACCACACCCUCCUGUACGGAACCAGCCCACUCAACCGGCAGAAGCUGGACAGCAAGAAGCUCUUAGGUCCGAUCAGCCAGAAGAUGUACGCGCUGCUGCCCUGUGGAGGCAUCGGGGUGGAUAGUGAUACGGUGUGGAACGAGAUGCACUCGUCUGGCGCCGUGCGGAUGGCCGUGGGCUGCGUCAUAGAACUGGCCUUCAAGGUGGCCGCUGGGGAGCUCAAGAACGGUUUUGCGGUGGUGCGACCUCCGGGCCAUCAUGCAGAGGAGUCCACUGCCAUGGGCUUCUGUUUCUUCAACUCGGUGGCCAUCACAGCCAAGCUGCUGCAGCAGAAACUGAGCGUGGGGAAGGUCCUGAUUGUGGAUUGGGACAUUCACCAUGGUAACGGUUCCCAGCAGGCCUUCUACAACGACCCCAAUGUCCUCUACAUCUCCCUGCAUCGCUACGACGACGGAAACUUCUUCCCUGGCAGCGGGGCGCCGGAAGAGGUGGGGGCGGGUCCAGGAGUGGGUUUCAACGUGAACAUCGCGUGGACGGGGGGCGUGGAGCCACCGAUGGGGGACGUGGAGUAUCUGACGGCCUUCAGGACUGUGGUGAUGCCCAUCGCAAACGAGUUCUCCCCCGACGUCGUGCUGGUGUCGGCCGGGUUUGACGCUGUGGAGGGUCACCAGUCCCCUCUGGGUGGAUAUUCUGUCACCGCCAAGUGUUUUGGUCACCUGACCCAGCAGCUGAUGACGUUAGCGGGCGGUCGCGUGGUCUUGGCGUUAGAGGGAGGUCACGACCUCACCGCCAUCUGUGACGCAUCGGAGUCCUGUGUCUCCGCCCUCCUCGGAGAAGAGCUGGACCCCCUGCCGGAGGCCGUCCUGAAGCAGAGGCCCUGUCCGAAAGCGGUGGCGUCCCUGGAGAGGGUCAUCGAGAUACAAAGUAAGCACUGGAACUGCGUGGAGCCGCUGGCCCCCACCGUGGGGCAGUCCCUGAUGGAGGCGCAGCACCGGGACAAGGAGGAGGCCGAUACCGUCACCGCCAUGGCCUCCCUCACCGUGGACAACGAGCAGGGCGUCGCCACAGAGCCCAGGAGGCCUACUGAGGAGCCAAUGGAGGAGGAGCCUGUGCUGUAGGGAGGCGUGGCCACUGUUUUUCGGUGAACCUUUUGCUUCCGCGCCAUUGGCGAGCCUCCCCACCAAAACCCCCACCCCCCACUGCCUCCCUCACCGAAACCCCGCCUGUUUCUCUCCGCUUGACGGACACGUGCCAGACCCCGCCCACCCCCCUGACCCGAGGGCAGCGAGGGGGGGGGGGAGACGGGCGGAGGAGACUGAGGAGGCGAGCGGACCCCGGCAGAGGGGCGGACGAGCAGAAAGAAGCGGGACCUUCGUUUGCCGUUUGGUUUUUCGGCAGGGGGUAAAGAGGCCGAAGGUGUGAGUCGGCCAAGCGGCGGAAACCGCAGCAGCUGUACUUUUAAAGUGGAAAGGUCUUUCCUUGGACACUGUUGUGUUUGGUUUUUUUGUGUGCUUGAAGUCAAACGACAGCAAGCGAGAGCACUUCAACACCCACACACCGUACCCCUAGAGGGAGGAACUAAAACCUGUUUUAAUUAGUCAAAAUCAAUGACUUUCUCUCCCUCGUGAGUGUCUGAUUUCCUGUUCUGUUCACUUCUGUUUGCUGGUGUAACUGUCUGUCUGUUCAAUAAUCUGGGAAGAAGCACACAAACAUAUAUGUACAGAAUAUAAGUACAUGCAUUGGCUUAUAUAUGUGGUUUUGUGUGUGCUGCAUACACAAAGUUGCACAUGCAGGAGACCCUGGACCAGGAAUAAGAAAGUCCACAUUUACUGUACAGUCCUGUACCAACAGGAAAUGCUAACUUGCAAAAGGGUUUUGUUUCUCAAUAUGUGAAGUCACAUUUAAAAUAUAUCAAAAACAUAAUGCAAUAAAAACACUUAUUCAUAUUUGUACUUAAGUAGUGACACGAUAAACAAGAGUUUAAUGCGUAUAACUGCAUAAUAAUGGGUGUGAUGUGGGGAGUACAACCCAAAAGUACUGAAGACCCUGAAUUGCAAGUCCAGGACUGGCAUGGGUCUACUGUGUACAUAUAGAUACAUAUACUGUAUAUUUGUUCAGUCUGUCUCACAACUACUGUGGUUGAGUAUGGAAUCAGAUUGAGGUUUAGCUGGGACUACGGUGACUUCACAGAUCUUCAGGAGAGGCCUGUUGCUCAAGUUGCUUUUUUUGUUUAAAGACCCAGCUCCCUCUGUCCUAGUUGUCCGUGGGUCAGUGUUUUCGGGCUUCAUUUUGUGCCCCCCCUCCUCACGCUCGCACUCUUUUACCCAUACCAUCACUACUAUCGUAAAGGCAGCCCCCAGCAGCGCUCAGGAGGAGGAUUUCAAAAUAGCAGAUUGGGUCGAUUUCCCGCAACGAUUUUCUCCCUCGUAGAAAAUGACCGUUUUGAAGAGAGACGGGAGCGGACGUUACGCAAGAAGAACUCGGUGCCUUUUUAUGAAAAAUAAAAAUGAAAAAAAGGAGAAGAGUAGGAAUUUUUUUUGAAAACAAUCAGCGAAUCCACCCGUCACUUUCAUUUUCGUGGAAACAUGCCUUAAUUUCCUCAGAAAUAAUGCACCAUUUUGGCGACUACAAGAGAAUUGUGGUGUUUCUUUCCUCUCCACUGUCCUCCAUCUCUCUUUUUUCCUCUCUUCCUCCUCCUCUGUUUCUGUCACCAGUGGAGGAGUGGUUAGAGAAUGUAAAGCACCAGGUCAGAGGUCAUCUUGGGAGAAUUCACACACCUGAUGGAGAGAUUGUGUAACUGUGAGGAACUUUUGUGACAUGGUGACCAAAUCUUUUCAGAUGUAAUAAUUCAUUUGUAAAUAAUUUAUUCACAUUUCUCACUCACAAAUGAUGCUGUCUGACAUUUUUUGGGUGGGAGGGGGCCACCCUUGUUUUUUGUUUUGUGGGGAGCAACAUACUAUUGUUAUAGACAGUAUUAACCCUAUGGUGUAGGCUUUACAUGUUAAAGUAUUAUUUAAGUAUAAGAGAGCAUAUACACAAAUGAAUUUUAUCUUUAAUUGACAGUUGUGUUUGCGUGAGAAGGCAGGAAGUGCUUUUUCAAGAGCUAACAGGAUUUUUAUGUCAUUCUCAACUAAAUUAACUUGGUAGUUCUGUUGAUGAUGUACACUUUUAUACAGAAAAGUUCACUACAACAUUAAACAGAUGAUUUACACUACACCACCCUAUCACAAAGUGGUAGACCACAUCACAGUAAUUUAAUAAUUUCCUUUCAUUGGUUUUUCCAAUCCAUGGGCCAUGAUUACUUUAUUUCUCAGUGUAGUUUUUGUCAUGGCUUCUCAUUUCAGCAUCAUUCAUGUACAAUCCAAAAUACUUAGCUUGACCACAACAACAGAAAUUCUGGUUAUGCUAUUUCCUGUGUUCACUUCAAAAUGUUGAAUUGUAUACCUCUGGGUCCCCUAACAUUUCUUUAUUUUAAUGUGUGUAAUGUUCAACUUUGUCUAGAAGAACAAUGAGCUUCUCAAUAUCUUUAAGGAUCUCUUCUUGCUUUUUGUUGAUAUUUUUACUAUUGAAAAUGAUUCGAAAAACUGUGUAGGAGUAUUGGACAUGUCUGCCAUAGAAUUCAAAUUUAAACGUUGUGUACCUAGCCCACCCACCUACCAGUGCUCCUCUGUACUACAGUUUGCAGCUGCACAACUCCCUAAAAAUGCACAUUUAAAUUGUCCAGAUUUUUUAAAUGAAUAUGAGAUUUGUGCCAAAACCAUAACUAUACCCACCCUUUGUUUCCAUGUGUUGAUUUACAAUUUGAAUCUUUGAAUACCGAAAACAUGGUUACUGGUCCCCCAAAAAUGUAUCCAAUGUUCCCUUCACAGGAAGACUCACAGCAUAUGUGCCUGUUGUCAUUAUAAACACCAAGGCCAUUUGAAUAAAACCCAAAAGAAGCGUUCCACUUAGGAAAAAUGUAAUCAAUUUGGAUAAGUCUUUCUGUAGCCCCUAUAUUUUUUAAUGUGUAAUAAUGUCUACUGUGUCUGGAUUUGCUAUGGAAUAUUAAUUGAGCUAUGUUUGUUUUGACAUGUAACAGUGACCAUUGAUAUUCAUGAGUAGGUUCAUUACACCCACAUUUUUCUGUUAAUGCCAUUGUUUAUGUUGUAUUUAAUUGAGGAGUUUCUCUGAUGUUCCUUUUGCCAUUUUGGUUUGAAACCAGUGGUCUGAAAAUUGAAGAAAACUGAUUUUUUAACAGUUUGUUGGAGUUAUCGGGAGGAAAGAAUUAUAUAAAACCAAGAAAGAAGUGACUGUCGUAUGAAUGUUUUGUUUUUUUUCCUUGGCGCACAUUUUGAAACUGUCAAAUUACAUGAAAAUUACAACACAACAAAAAUAAAUGGGCAUUGCAGUUUUUACCAAAUACUGAAAUAUGUCCAUGUAUGUGUAUAAUAUCAACUUCACCAUUGAAAAUAGCUUUACUGUUGUGGCCACCCUAUUUUACUAUUCAGUAAAUAUGUAUAUUUAUUGAUAUUUCAUAUAUUGUGUAUACUGGUAUUCGUGAUCGAUGAUGGUUAAAAUUGAAAAAAAAAAAACAUUGUAUAUUUUUGACUUUGGAAAGAGAGGUCUGUUUCAUACAUUGUCCUACCACCGCUUUGGUGUUUGAAUAUUCAUACUCUGUGGCUGGAUUUUGAAUAUGUGACCAUCUUACACCAUAUAUUUUGAAUAUAUACAUUUUUGGUCAUAUUAAAAUGCAGAUGUUUGAAAUUAUCAAAGCACAUUCCUCAAAAGUCUUGUGUUCUUUCAAAUGCUUUCCUGUUGCAAUUACAAUUAAUGUGUACGCUACUAUACACGUGUAUAUAAAUGCAUAUAUAUGUACACAUGUGCAAUACACACUAUUUUAGCAAUCUAUUACUGUGAAUACUAUUGAUGAAGAUCACUGUCCUUUUUAUUUCUCCCUGUUCUGUUGUUUUUAUAAUUGCAGUGUGCAGAGGUGCAGAGGUGCAAUUGCAGCCAGGAUCUUAAAGGGAAUGUCUUGUUAUCGUAUUUUUUUUCUGGGUGUGUGUAUAUUUUAAAACCCUUUUUUAUUCUUCUCAUUGUAAUGUUGUGACUUAAUUCUUUUUUUAAGUGGCCCUGUAGUUUCAUUUGUCUGAAACUCAAUAAAGUGAAUCACUGCUACAAUACAGAGAUAAACAAUA